ACAGUACAAAUCUCAACCCCCUGCCUCUUGCAUGAUAACACCUAAAAGGCAAUUGACAUUUAUUAAAAUUAAUAGAACUAAUUCAACGAGCUACAACUGAGAUAAAUUCGACGGAAAAUUUUGAUUGUGGUAACUUGUGAUUUGGGUGCAAAGUAACAAAACCCGAAAUUUUCUCCAAAAGUUCAUACUGCAGGCAGUAUACCAAUAAAAAAAUCGAACAUUUAUUAAAUAAUCAAUAAGGAAAAUGUUGCGAUUGGCAGUGUCGAGUGUCCUUAUGAUUAAGCCACAAAUACAACAACGAGCAAUGUCUUCUUUGGUAUGUUCAAAGGCAUUGAUUGAUGGCAAGUGGGUAUCAGCCAGCAGCGGUGAAACAUUUGAGGUUAAAAAUCCGGCUAACAAUAGGGUGGUCGGUAGUGUACCCAACAUGAAUGCCAAGGAUGCUCAAUUGGCCAUAGAUGCUGCAAAGAAGGCAUUCUAUUCAAAUGAAUGGGCCGGUUUGACAGCCAAACAAAGAUCUCAGUUGUUGAAGAAUUGGUACCAUCUGAUCGAAAAGAACACCCAAGAAAUUGCCGAAAUUAUGACAGCAGAAUCUGGCAAACCCAUAAAUGAAUCCAAGGGAGAAGUAGCCUAUGGCAAUUCAUUCAUGGAAUGGUUUGCCGAAGAGACAAGACGAAUUUAUGGAGAAAUUGUUCCAUCCCCAAUACAGAAUAGAGAAAUUAUUGUUAUGAAGCAACCUUUGGGAGUGGCAGCCCUCAUAACACCCUGGAAUUUCCCAUUGGCAAUGAUCACACGCAAGGCUGGAGCAGCUCUAGCUUCAGGCUGCACCGUUGUCAUAAAACCAGCAGAAGAUACACCCUUGACAGCACUCGCCGUUGCAAAACUUGCUCAGGAUGCGGGCAUACCUGAUGGUGUAGUUAAUGUUGUAACCACCAAAGAAGCAGCUCCUAUUGGCGAUCUAUUUUGUAAAAGCCCUGAUAUUCACGGUAUCUCUUUCACCGGCUCCACAGAAGUAGGCAAAAUACUUUUCCGCCAAUCAGCCGAUGGAGUAAAGAAGGUAUCUCUUGAGUUGGGCGGUAAUGCUCCCUUCAUUGUUUUCGAUUCUGCAAAUUUGGAAAAAGCUGUAGAUGGGGCAAUGGCUUCAAAAUUCCGCAACUGUGGUCAGACAUGUGUUUCAGCAAAUCGCUUCUUUGUCCAGGAAGGGGUAUACGAUAAGUUUGUAGCGGGACUCAAACAGCGUGUUGAAUCAUUAAAAAUUGGACAUGGAGAUUGUGCCGAUACUCAAAUUGGUCCUCUAAUCAAUACAAUGCAAUUCAAUAAAGUUUCUGGAUUUGUUGAAGAUGCCCGCAGCAGAAAUUGUAAAAUCGUUACAGGUGGCAAGCCCCUAAAGGAUCUAGGUGACCUUUUCUACGCCCCAACCAUUGUAACUGAUGUUGCAAAGGACGCAAAAAUCUACACCGAAGAAGUCUUUGGUCCAAUUGUUACCAUUAUUAAAUUUAAAACCGAAGAGGAAGCCCUUAAAAUUGCCAAUGAAUCGCGACGAGGUUUGGCUGGUUACUUCUUUAGUGAAGAUGUUCAACAGAUAUUCCGUGUUGCUAAACGUCUAGAAGUUGGUAUGGUUGGUGUUAAUGAGGGUAUCAUAUCUGCUGCUGAAGCACCAUUCGGUGGUGUCAAAGAGUCCGGAAUUGGUCGUGAGGGCUCCCACCACGGCAUUGAUGAAUAUACUGAAGUCAAGUAUAUUUGUUUGGGCAAUUUGAAAUAUUAUUAAAUUUCAUUACGUCACUGAUAAAAUACUCGUAUUCAAGUUAUAAUAGCAGCUUUAAACAUUCGUAUUAACAAAGAAAGUCUUCCACGCAAUAUCAGCAUUGCAAUUUUGUCGUUUAAUUGUAUUAAGCCAUACUUUGAGUCCUAAGCACUUGCAAAUAGAUAAUAUUAUUAUGUAUGUUAAUAAAUGCAACAUUUAGUCAAAAUAGAGACUAGCCCUGUA